ACACAGACAAGGCCGACUAGAGAGAGCCGUUUGUUCAUCCGAUCUCUCCUUCCAAUCUUUUUAUUUCAACCCAAGAUCUUUGUCACUGCCAUCAAUUUUCUCUCAUAUCUUAUUUUUUCCCGUUUACUUGCGAAUCGAAUCCAAACAUGGGACGCAAGAAGAUUGCCAUCAAACGGAUCCAGGACGAACGGAAUCGACAGGUCACUUUCUCCAAGCGCAAAUUCGGUCUCAUGAAAAAAGCAUACGAGCUUUCCGUUCUCUGCGGUUGCGAGAUCGGGUUAAUCAUGUUCGCAUCCAACGGAAAGCUUUUUCAAUUCGCAAGCACGGAUAUGGAUAAAAUCUUGUUGAGGUAUACCGAAACGGAACCCCAUGAGAGCCGGACCAACGACGACAUCAUCAAGAAACACGGUUCAGGAGGAGGUGACGGUGGAGAUGAUUCGGACGACAGCGCAGAACGCGACGACAAUGGAUUAAUCGAGUCGACACCUCGAGAUGACCGAUCCAUGGACGAGCACAUCCCAUCCCCACGCAGCCUGCGUUUGGCGCGACGUAAAUCAGACAAGGACACCAGCAAGAAAAACAAUAGCAGUGGUAAAGGAGGCGGCGGAGAAGGCGGCGAUGACGUUGAAAGCAAUCACGGCGAUCAAGGACGUGAAUAUCUCUCGCCCCAACCUGGCACACCGACACACGAUAUGAGACACCCACCGCCUUCCGGCUCAUUCCACAUGUCACACCUCAUUCAUCCACCUUACACCGCAGUAUAUCCCAGCUUCGCCCCCUACCCCGCCGGCUUCGUUCUCGCCACCGGACAUCACCACCCGCCGUCGGAUUCCGAAGGAUCUCCAUCACCCUAUAUACAUGGGUAGCGACGAAAAAAUGAUCUGGCCACACCGUAGCACAGCACUCUGAUAAGUGGUUUCAUGUACUGUACACAACACGCAAGAAUGCUU